UCAACCCGCAUAAAAACGCCAUCAAGCGCCAUCAUAACUACGCCAAGCCUAUAGGCGGCAGUGUAGGAAGAAGGAGAAUCCUCUGCAAGCCAAUCAGAAUUCUCAUUUCGACGAAGAGUUCCUUCCUAUUCCUUUCUGGACAACAAAUAUGGCGCGAGGUUCGUUUGUCUGGACAGAUAGCGAAGUUGAAUUGCUCCUUAAUGUCGCGUUGGACUACAAGGCAAGUAAAGCCCAUGAGAAUGUGGACUGGGAAUCUUGCAAAACCAAGUACGUCGACAUGUUAGCGCUAUUCUUGGAGAAAUACCCAUCUGAGACCAACGAGGAGUUUCCUCAUGUGAAGGAGGACAUAACACAAGCCAACCUGACAACCAAAAUGAAGGCAAUUAGAGGGAAAUACAGGAAUGCAGUGGACACUGGACGCAGGAGCGGCCACGGAAGAGUGGUGCUCCUCUACUUGGAACUGUGUGAAAAGGUUUGGGGUGGUUCCCCAGCUACUACGACCAUCGCCUCCGGCAUCGAGACUCACGAACUGGAGGAUUCUGCUUCCCCCGCCACAUCAGUUUCGUCGUCCUUAGACGAAUCGGCAGCGGAUGUUCAAGAGGUCGAUGACGGUGUGGCCAUCACCCCCACAGUGAAGCAGAGGAGAGACCUGCUUCAGACUAGACUGCAGGGACACCGGCAUGAUCGAAUGAAGCGAAAGCUGCCAGCUGAGGCCCAGUGGCUGAAUGCCGUUGAGGAGGACAAACAACUGAAGAAGAAACUUGUGGACAUUAUUGAGACCUCUGAAAACAGGGCAGCUGACAAUUUAUCCAAAAUGACACAGACCCUGGAUAGGCUAACAGCAUCAAUUGCUGAUGGCUUUGCUCUCCUGCGGCAAGUUGUGCAGCCACCACAUACACCACCACCACCACCACCACCACCACACUACAUUAUGCCAUUUCAGGGAAGAGGUCCUUAUGGACAAGUAUAUGCACACACACCAGCACCACCACCACUCACUCACUCCUAUGACAAAAGACCACCCAGUGCAGUGCCACUCAGCACGGUCAAUUUAACUGAUUUACCUGUUGAGGGCAUGCAGGGUCAACUUUCAUAUCUCCAAGCCCUUAAUGAAGAUGCACAAAAUUGAGAUACACGUAAACUUGUUCCUGACCUGUUUUGUUUAGGGUUAAAUGUUACCCACAAUUUUUGUACCAACAGUUUGGUAAUAUAUAUAUAUAUAUAUA